GCCAAGCUGGCACUCCUGGCACUGGGCGAGGAGCUGAUCUCCCCUGGAGCUGAGCAUGGCAUGCAGCAGCAAGACUCUCCUUCUCCUUGCUGUGGGGUCAGCCUUGCUCCUCUGCCUCUGCAGCCAGUCGGAAGCAGCGAGCAACUUUGACUGCUGCCUCCGGUACACGGAGAAGACCAUCCCUAACCACCUCAUUGUGGGUUUCACCAAGCAGACGGCCAACGAGGCUUGUGACAUCGAUGCUGUUAUCUUUCACACAAAAAUGAAGUUGUCUGUGUGUGCCAAUCCAAAACAGAGCUGGGUGAAGAAGGCUGUUCAAAUCCUCAGCCGAAAAGUCAAGAGGAUGUGAGAACUGAUGUCUUCUGUGAUGGAACUGGACACAGCCCAAGAAGUAAAAGAAUACAACUGGGGUCAAAGAUCUCACCCGCACCCCAUUCAGCACUUACAUGAUCUGUGUCUCAUUGGACUUGUCCAAUGGAUGAAAUUGAUUCAUAUUGCAUCAUACUUUGCUUUGUUUC